AUGGGCUCCGCGCGCCGGGGGCUGUCCGUGGUGCCGGCCGUUCUGCUGGCCCUCACGCUGCCAGGGCUGCCCGUCUGGGCGCAGAACGACACCGAGCCCAUCGUCCUGGAGGGCAAGUGUCUGGUAGUGUGCGACUCGAAUCCAGCCACGGACUCCAAGGGCUCCUCUUCUUCCCCUCUGGGGAUAUCGGUCCGGGCGGCCAACUCCAAGGUGGCCUUUUCAGCCGUGCGGAGCACCAACCACGAGCCAUCGGAGAUGAGCAACAAAACGCGCAUCAUUUACUUCGAUCAGAUCCUAGUUAAUGUGGGUAAUUUUUUCACAUUGGAGUCUGUCUUUGUAGCGCCAAGGAAAGGAAUUUACAGUUUCAGUUUUCACGUAAUUAAAGUCUACCAGAGCCAAACAAUCCAGGUGAACUUGAUGUUAAAUGGAAAACCAGUAAUAUCUGCAUUUGCCGGGGACAAAGAUGUCACUCGCGAAGCUGCCACGAAUGGAGUCCUGCUCUACCUGGACAAAGAGGACAAGGUUUACCUAAAACUGGAGAAAGGUAACUUGGUUGGAGGCUGGCAGUAUUCCACGUUCUCCGGCUUCCUGGUGUUCCCCCUAUAGAAUCUGACUUCUCCGUUUAUCCAGGUGAGGGGCAGCCCACCCC